CAAUCGCUUUUUUCUCUCAUUUGCCUUUAGGAGACCGAAUAAGCGCUAGUUUUUGUUUUUCGCUUCAGUCGCUGCUUGUUUCGCUUAAUCAAAUCUUUAAAUUACCUUAACGUGCUUUAGCUUUGCGGCUCAAUCCUGAUGUCAGCCGCAUUCAUUUUUUACCGAAACCUGCUGCUGCGGCACCUGCGUAACACCAACUCCCUUCUCUGCUGUUAUUUGCAAUUAGUUGCAAGAAAUUUGACUGUUUGCAGUCUUAGGAGGACAGAAUUCAUCCAACUAUAGUUCACCGCUUUUUAUUGCGGCUUUAUACUUUGAACUGCACCCCCUACGCCGUUCCUCUAGGCAAUACUAACUAUGGUUGAUGUUCUACGCGGCUGUCCGCCAUUCUUAAACUGGAGAAAGCUACUACUUCUCGUUUUUGUCGCUUUCAAUGUACUAAUUUCGGUUCUAUACGUCUAUAGCCAUGCUGAUUCGCAGGCUUUGGACAAUUUGCUCUCUCGAAACGGCUUCGGCAGCAAUGAAUCGACAGAUCAUGCUCUCGGACGUAAAGCAAAACCUAAGGAGGGUAGAUACACGUAUCUGACUUUCCUUACGCCGCCGACAACUGAGGAAGAUUUCUACUUUAAUGCUACAAGACUCUGGGCCUACAGACUGCUUCACAGAGAGCCGGUGAAAACAAAGUAUGAGGUCCAUGUAAUGGUUAUGAAAGGCGUUGAGGAAUGGAAGAUUCAGCGUCUUAAAAAGGACGGAGCAAAAGUUAUUCUUGUUGACCCUCUUUUGCCGCAAGACUUCGUGGAGGAGGGCGCUCAAGUGCUGACAGGCAGUCCCCGUUGGCAGCAUAUGUUUACAAAGCUUCGUGUGUUUGAGCUGGAGCAGUUCGACAAGGUCUGUAUUGUCGACAGCGAUUUGUUAAUUUUGAGAAACAUGGACGAUAUAUUUGAUACUCCGUAUGCUACUCAACCUCCACAGCCAGACAUUGCAAAAGCACACAAUUUUGUCAAUCCAAACGACAACGAGAGAUAUAUUUUUGUUGACGAUUUUAGCGCAUACAGCGUUAAACAUGAAGACAUGUACCCAUACUUGCUGGCCGCUACUGAUGACCGUUCGAAUGAUCACCCUAUUCCAGUAAGACCUGCCAGUAUGUUCAACGCUGGUCUUAUGUUGUUGAAACCAAGUAAGCUUCACAUGCAGCGUCUGCUUACAAUUGCUCGGUACCCAUACAUGUAUGAAGACGCACGCAUGAUGGAACAGAGUUUGCUCAAUCUAGCCUACGAUGAGGAUGGUUGGUUCCCAUGGACUCGCAUUGACUGGUCGUACAACGGUGUUUGGUGUCAACCCAAUGACCAUCCUUACCUUCGUGCAGCGCAUGGAAAGUUCUGGGAUACGUCUUUAGACGAAUUUCAUCCAAUGUACGUUGCCGACUGGUGGCAAGCGUACGGUGAGAUGAUUGUGUAUCACGAGCUUAAAGAUGCAGCUUAAGGAUGUUCGGGUCAUUGCUUUCAUUGGCAAUCCGACCAUGUCACCUUUACAGAAAACAGUCUUUCAUUUUUAAUUUUUUUUAAUUUCUUACAUCAACUGUUGUUGCUGGCAGUGUGUUCUUUCAUUGUUUCCUUUUCAUUCGUUACACACGCACUCCCUAUUACUUUCUCUUACAUAAAUCUUUUUAUCUUUUUAAUUUGUUUGAAAUCAUUCAUUGAACAUAGUUUUCACAGGUCAUUGAUUCAUACGCCGCACGGUUAGCACGACUUUGCACUCAUUCUACUUUUGUUGUAUGGGGAACGUUGGAAGGGGAUUCGCCGUGUUUAGAGCGAAAAACUUGCGUUCGAUUCCACUCUUGGUGAGUAUCACCAUGCGGAUAGUACCACCGCUGCUGCGAUCGCGCUCCAUGGCCAAUCCGACAGCAUUUUUAAGGAAUUGAAUUGCCGUUUCCUUGUCCAUGUUUUCUUUGAAGUUGGCAUCACAGAAACCGUAGAUGAACUGUAUCGCCGUUAGCAAGAAGAGAAAAACAAUUUGAGAAACUAUCUGCUACAACGGAAUCACGUACAGCUGAACCACUUCCUCCAAUAGCCAAAGGCUGUCUGUGAACACUUCCACCCAACGGAAUGCUGUACACCUCGCCUCCCGUUUCUUCGUCGUAACCGGCGAUGAUUAAGCCGGCAGUCAGGUAGUCUUUGUUUUGGUAGCACAUUUCUGAAGCAAGGGAGGCUGCUGUUUGAACAGUAGGUUCGACUCCAUACUGCAUACUAAAGAAAUUUUGUCAGCACCUCUUCAUAACAUCAAUGGUAUGAGUGUAACACUCCUUCGUACCGAUAUUGGGACAAAUAAUACUUGAGGAUAUCAGCAACGGCUUGAGUAUCAGCUGCAGAACCACUCCGACAGCACCAAAUUUUUUCACUCAACUGAGUCAACUUGUCGGUAACACGGUUUGCAAUGUAAGCACCUAAAUGAAUCGUCAGCUUACCGAAACGAAUCCAAACACCCUUCAAGCAACCGUACCCAUCGUGGUCCGAGAAUCGGCAGCAAGUAUAACGCCUUCUUGAAAACGAAGGGCCGUGAUUGUGGUACCCAUGCUAAUUUCACUAGUCCUUGUUAGUAACUGCUAAAACAAAAUAUAUUGGGACAAUCCUUACCCCUUUUUAAGGGCGGCAAAGUCAAUUUGGAACGGAUCUUUCAUCAAGCUGGUCAUUUUUACUGCGUUGGUAAAGCGUAGCUGGAGAGUCUGAGAAAGGUAAAAGGAGAGAGUUUACUAAGGAUUUUAAGGUAGUCACGUGUAUUUUAAGC